AUACGUUUGCAUUGUGAGUUAUGACUAUUAAAAUGAAGUUGUAAUGGAGGAUUUUUGGCCAGAGGUGAUUUAUUUCUUUAUUUUGUUCGUGAGACUAAAUGUGGUGUUUCUAAAAAGUGAGAAAACGAAACUGAUUUUUACUCAAUAUAUAUGUGCAUCCGGUUUAAUAUAAGUUAUAUUUUGCUAUUCUCUUGUAAUUACCUCUGAUAAACGUUGUUUUUCUCUUUCGGUCAUUAUCGGAUCGAAAUUUAAUUACAAACUUGAAGGUGAUAUAUUUUAUGUGCUGCUACCGAAUUCAAAUUAUAGAUCUAAGUCGACGCGUGACAUGAAACUAUUAUCACCCUCGUUAUCGCAAGAUAGUCAGUCCCCUUACGAUAGAUGGCUCUGCUGACCGAAUCCCCUCGUGGAGUCAGUUGCUCAACGUUGUUGUGCACAGUGCCACUGUUGCUUUGGAGCUGAUGUUUGCUUCCGUUACGUGGGACCACCUUUCUUUGAAGGACGGUGCAUACUCGUGUUUAUAGAACCUCUUUAGGUCCUCCGGAGUCACUGGAGACUUGUGGGACACCAUGUAGUGCGUUGCAGUGUCUACAGGUGUUGUACGAUAUGGAUACAAGAAAAAUGAUUGUUGACAAUUGCACGGUGGAGGACCACAUAUCAGGAUGGGUGAUGGUGGCUGUGUGGGAGCAACUUAUGAUAUGUGUGAUCGGCUCCAUAUGUAGCGCAGUGAGCAUUUGGUGUCUGGUCUGCUGCCAAAGAACCGGGAGAGCAGUCAAGCUACAGCUCAUUUGCACAUUCGGACUGCAGAUAUGCAUUUGUCUUGUAACGCUGCCGUUCGUGACAUAUCUUUACUACGCGCAAUUCUUCUGUCUGGGAAUCACCGUCCCGAAGCAAGUGGUUUUCUUCUUCUCGAUCCUGAACAGCAUGUUCCUUCAGGGGGAGAGACUGAACUUCAUGGUCAUGGCUGUUUACAGAGUUUUGGCGGUGCUCUGUCCCCGCCAAUACCAGAAAUUAGUGACGAUGAAUGUGGCGAUUGGUUUGCAAGUGGGAAUAUUUCUAAUCGUUGUUCCACCAUGGAUUGUUCUCGGCAUCUUGAAGGAUUUCGACUUCUCAGGUGAGAGCGGCAGCGUCAUGAGGCUUCAUUUUGAACAAAGAGGAUCGUCCAAUUUCGUAAUGGCGUUGUAUGGUCUCUAUUAUUGCUUGCCAUUCAUCAUCACAUUCAUCGCCUACACUUUGAUGAUCAUUUCGGUCAUCCGCCAAAACCACUACGUAAAGAGACGCACCAGAAGAAGGAAGAAAAGCAUGGACCACGUGGCCUCCACCAUUCGGUUUGUCAUUUUGACCAACCUGCUACUGGACGGACCUCACGUCGUGUUCCACCUUCUGGAAGGCUUCGACUUAGCGACGAUUGUCACCCACAUGGCCUUCUUCCUCCAUCUUGUCCUUGAUCCCGCCAUCUUCAUCGGGAUGAACCACAACUACAGGAGGGAGGUUCGUAACAAACUUCUCUGUAGUUGCGGUCCCAAACACGUCGAGUCCUUUGGGCGGCCGUCUGGUCCGUCGAAGGCUAGUGGAGAGGCCGCAAAGGACAGUGAGCUACAAAUUAGAUCAACAUGGCGUCAGGUGCAACUGGAAGCCGCAGAUAAAAGGAAUGCUGUUUACGUGGGAUGAAAGGCUUCUUUGUUCAGAAGAACUGACUUGAUAUCCGAAUCUACAAUUUCAAACAUAAAGCAACCAUUGUCAGUGAACUCUGACAAAAAACAUUUGACGAUAACUGUUUUCUCGUCCUGGUCUUCAAAUUCAGCAGCGUUUCGAAUUCUGAAACAAUGUUAUGAUAAACUAGUGGUUCAUUCCAGCCUCCAGCCUAUACGAGUUGGACAAGAUGUCUCAUGCGCACGGAGAAUACCAGGGUGGUUCAAAUACACAAAUUAGUGGGCUCCAUAUAAUUCCCAGAUAGCAAACCUAGGUACAUCAAAUGGCAAAGCACUAAAAUUGAGCUGCACCACAAAGUACAACUUCUAAUGUACAUCACUGUGUGCAUUUUGAUAAUCUUUCUUUUUACGAAAGGUAAAUAGUCCUCUAUGACUUCGCUCCUCCAUUCUGCGAAGCAUACAUUUUUUAAGAGGAUAUGCCACUUAUUUUCUGUUAAAACAAAUUCCAAAAUCUAACAUUCCCAUUCGUAAGUUGACUACUCCUGAGAACUUGGAAUUCCUGUAUUCACUCGUAAAAGUUCUAGUUUUUAUACAAUAAUUUUGCGUAUUCUUUCAAUAAAGCUCUAAUGGA